CAACAAUUCACCAUCUUGUUCCAGCCUCUCGUCCCCUUUUCUUCCGUCAGUCUUACUGUGUGGGUGCCUUGGUGUUGAUGAAGCUCGGUUGAGACCUCCCAACUUUUUCUUCAUCUUCUUCCCCGGUCUACAAGCCUUACAGCAUUGAAAUCGCCCUCCAUGCAUCGCACCGCCUCAAAAUGAGUGAAACAAACCCUCCACCAGAAGCCCUAGGCUUUGGUAGAUCCCAGACUCCAGAGAGCCCACGGCCCGUCCACAUACCCGAGCCUUCAAAUAUCCCCGUGUUGCUGAACCAGAUGGACCCAGUCUUUAAUGACACUGCGACUUACAAUAUUCCACACAACCAAAACUUUUCUCCUUAUUCAGACCCUGCGCGCAAUAUGACUGAGACAAAUUCUGACGAACAAGACGCUGUUCAAAAUUUUCUGCGUGGUGCCGAGGAAGAAAACGUGCGCUUUGACAGCGCCCCAGACACAAAUGGCCAAAAUACCCAGAAUGAUGCUACAGGCGAUUCCACACUUUUUUCAGCCCUUGCGAACAACUCUACAUACCACCACGCGUCUGCGCAGCAGCAAAAUGACCCACCAACUGCCUCCAGUCAGUCACAAGCUGGCCCGCAUUUCGGUGAUGAUGCCGGUGUUGAGACUACUACUGCCCACACCAAUGCCAAUGAAGCCAGUGUGGUCCAUCUCGGUGGUGCUGAUAACAUUUCCAACCCAGUGAACUCUGAUGCUCAGCCUGCUCGAGGUGGAGUUGAUUAUCAGUCACUUUUGGAAACUAUCGCCCAGUCUGCUUCUACUGCACCCGCACCAGAGCCUGUUUCUGCUCCGACUACUGCCGCAUCGUUCAUCGAUUCAGGCACCCAAAUACUGCCACUUGUUCCAGGCUUGCCCCCAAAACCGCCGGCCAACCUGGAACUAUCAGAUACUCCCAGCUACCAGACAUUUCCUACUUCUACUGCCGAGACACAAACACCGUAUCAGCACGUGAACAACGAUGCUGCCCAAGCCAACAGUGCAGAAUCGUUCGUACCAGGAUCAGCCCACUCCAUGAUCCAGGAUCUUGCAUCCCAUUUUCCACCUGGCUGGCCCCAAGCUGUAAGCCAAUUGCCACCCCAGACCGCGCCACCUCCUUUGCACGGACAGACUUUCCAACCUCCUGAGCCGACAAAAUCAACGGACCCAAGUGAUCGACCGUGGACUCCCCGGACACAAAGUUUGUAUGAUCAAUUCCUUGAAGAUGAGCGUCGAUAUGUGACUGAGGGUAUCUGGGACAAGUUUCCAAAUGGCUCCCGGCUUUUUGUGGGUAAUUUGCCCAGCGAAAAAGUGACCAAACGUGAUCUGUUCCAUACUUUCCACAAACACGGUCGCUUAGCCCAGAUCUCGAUCAAGCAGGCCUAUGGCUUUGUACAGUUUCUGGAGGCCUCGUCGUGUCAAGCCGCACUCCAGGCAGAACAAGGAGUGGAGAUUCGAGGAAGAAAAGUUCAUCUGGAGAUCUCUAAGCCACAGAAGAACACUCGAGGGCAGGGACAAGGAAACAAAAGACGUCGAUCAAGAUCCCCAGACCGUGGAGUCCAACGUCAAGGUGAUCGCUCGGGACGAAACUACAGUGAUUUCAGAGAAGAAAGGCACAGACGUGAUGAUUAUCGUGGACGCUCGCCAUCCCCCAGGGGCUAUCGCUCGAGAGAUGAUUACCGUUCUGUCGUGCAAAGUCCCAGAUUUGGCCCAGACGGCAGACCAAGAUCACCUUAUGGUAGCUUCCCACCGCCAGUCCCCGCUGGUUACGAUGAAGAAGCGACCUUACCUUUGCCUCGAAGAGAACCCCGCGACAUCCCUGACGUGCAACUGUUGAUUCUUGAGCCUACAGUCGCGCAGGGCUUUAUUAAUUGGAUAGAGCAGGGUUUUCGUUCCAAAGGCCUACGAGCUUCGACCAUAUGGCUCAGCCCUCGACUACCACUCAACGGCGUGGUGAAAAGGCAGAUCAUCGAAGGUGUUCAGGCUGUGGUCAAAUUGACUCAGGGUGCUCAGUACAACAGCAAGAUUCCUCUUCAGGUAUUCGACCGGUCGGCAGGUGCUUCGAAUGUCAACUUCAAUGAGUAUGCCGAUCUUGAUGUUUCAGUUGCAGCGGCUAUUGUCCUUCACGCUCGGCAAAAGGAACGAGGCUACACUCAGACUCCACAAUUUCCUGCUCCCCCUCCUCCUCCCGCCCCUCAAGGAUAUGCUCAAGGACAGUACGGCCAACCCGCUCCUCCACAGUAUCCACCUCAAAUGCCCUCGUCAUUCCCGCAGCAGCAGCAAGGUCAAUAUCACUACGGUCAGCCGACUUCAUAUCAGGGUCAAGCACAGACACCUGUGACGCCGACUUCUUCCGCCAACCUCCAGCAACUGCUGGCAAAUCUACGACAGCCUGGAGAACAGCAGAGUGCUGCAAGCGCAGUUCCGACGUCUGAUCUUGCAGGUCUACUCAGCAACGUUGCUCGACAGAAUCAGGGUGGACAGUUUCCUCAGUCGCCGUCCGGACAACAGCCUCAGCAAGGAUAUGGUGGUGCACCAGUUUAUGGGCCUGGACAGCAGUCACAGCAGAACGUCCAGAAUAUUAUGGAUACUUUGGCACGUUACGGUCGAUGAUUGAGACGGCUCGAGCACUAGAAGAUGUUGAGAUCCGCUGCUCUUUGGAGUGACGGCUUCAGACGCAGCAUGAGAUUAUGUGAAACUUCCUGAGAUAGCAGCAUUAGAGAAAUAGAGCAGCUGAAAUAUGGGUGACGUAGCUGACAACGACAAUUGACACUGUAC